AUGCCGCCCACGGGCGUUUGCUCUAACCCUGGAGGAGUCGCCUUUUGCACACUCUUAAGAAGUCAAGUAACCUUGAGAACGGCUUCGGAACCGCAACUUAGGUGGCACCACAACCGGAUACUUCUAGUCGCUCUUGUCGUAAUAUCCAUCAUAGUGGGCAUUCGGAUAGCUACGUUGGACGAAGACAUUCCUUAUACAGCAAUUACACUCCACCGAGAUGGAAUUAAUUCGCAUUUCAAAACUUCAAGUUGGAGCAAUUUGGAUGCGACCUUGAGGCUCAGUCGAAGCACCUUUGAUGUGAUAGAUGAAGCCCAAAUGGAUCUUCGGAAUUACCUCAUUCGACAUUCUUUGGAAUUAUGUACAACUCAGGAAGAAUUUCAAGCCCACUUCGAAACUGCUUAUAGCCUACUACCGCGAUUGACUACCAUGUGUUCUCAAGGCCGAAUGCGAUUAGCGAUGACUCCCGAAAGUCUUUCCCAAUACCUCUCCGAAAGAAGGGAUGAUUACUGUUUCAGUUUUGUGGAAACUUCCUCUGCGCUUUCCAAGAAAAUCAUUGUCGCUUCGCCUGAUUUCGCUGUGAAUCGAGGCGAGUUCGCCUCAGCAGUUUACGGACUGGUCUUUCCUUUUUGGCCCAUUUACCCUACCACUUUAAUUGUCCCCGCUCCAAAAUUCCUAUCCGAUUUGACUCUUUCGGAUCCAUACAAUCGGAAGCAUCUCCUUGGAGCUGAUUUAGGUUACAUUGGAAAUGGAACUGCUACCAGAACUCCUGAUAUUGUAAGACGUCUUUCAACCUCUAAGGAUGCUAGCAUUUCAAUAACUAAUGCCAAUGAUAUCAUCUGUUUCCCCAAUGGAAUACCUCCAAUGGAUAUAAAGCCCCACUUUCUACCAUGUUUCAAUGCUGGAGAAAUUCUUCGCAUUUCCGCAUUCUGUCUCGUUGUGGUGGAUGAUUGGAGUUCAUUGACGAGCUCUGCAGUUCGGUCAAUUCAUGCUCAAUUGUGGUCAUGUUUCAUGUUCCACUCCAUUCCCGUUAUACCCACGGAAUUCGAUGCAGUAAUCGCAGAAGUCUAUCUUCCUUUCUUCUACCUCUUGCAACCACUUUGGACUGAAGCUGUUGUCUUCCAGUCUUUCCAUACAAAUCAAGUCGACUUCUUGAGGAAGUUGAGGAAUAUAAACCUAGAAGAGAGAAUUCGCCGACUCAAUAAAGGUGCAAAACUCUUCAAUCGGCACUUAAGAACGGUAGGCAAACAGGUUGAGACAGCCGUGGCUCAAUUGAACAGAGUCCUUUUUCUACCUCAGCCCACUUCUCCUGUGAUUCGAACCCGGUUCACUGCCGAAAUUCCAGGAAGUUACAUACCAAUUUAUGAGUUGAAUGCCAUCUCCAACGACAGAAAGUUGGUAUCUAGCGACGCAUUGGGCGAAGUUGUUCCCAUUUGCAAUGCGCAACCAAGAGCCGAUUUUGAGGGUCCCCUAUGGGUAUUCGACUCUACUCCUUGGACCUCCUGUGAUAAAAUUACUUCGGGGUGCUCGAAGAAAUUCACCGUAAUCAUUUUGACUUACGACCGGAUAUCAAUUUUCCUGAAGAACCUUCUUAUGUUUGACAGAAUCGAACACUUGCUAGAAUCAAUUAUUGUCGUCUGGAAUCAUCAAGUUCUCAAACCGGAGUUGUACCAAUGGCCCAAACUAAAGGUUCCGAUUCAUGUUGUUCGGACGCCUGUAAACAAACUGCAAAAUCGGUUUUUGCCAUUCGAUCUCAUCAAAACGGACUGUGUUUUGACGGUUGAUGAUGAAGUCAUUCCUGAUCCCAAAGCUUUGGAAACUGGCUUUAGGGUAUGGCUAGAGAAUCGAGACAGAAUAGUCGGUUUUGUGGCCCGAGGACAUGAUUGGUUAAAUUGGAAAGGACAAUUUCACUACAGGCAAAACCCCAAUGGCCCAUAUUCCCUAAUUCUUACGGGUGCCUCAUUUUUCCAUAAGUACUACCUCUACGCCUAUACGUUUGAACUGCCUCAUGAGAUUUACUCAACUGUGAAUGAGCUGAUGAACUGUGAAGACCUUGCUAUGAAUAUGCUCAGCCAACAGAUCUCCGAACAUGAACCCUAUCGAAUAUCCACAGUAACGCGAUUCAAAUGUCUCCUAUGUAAAAGUGGUCUAUCCAUGAAGUCUAGUCAUUAUAAAAUGCGGAGCCUUUGUAUAACCAAUUUCAUACACAUCUUCGGUUAUGAUCCCCUCAAAUCCAGUACAUUUACUUGCAAGAUUCGUUGA